AACAAAGAGGGUUGUAGAAAGUAUCUAGAAAGUCAUAUAACAUGUACCGCAUCGAUGCGUCAUCUAAAGGGUUUUUCCAUGUAGAGGUUGGCAUACGUACUCUAUGGUAAAACUUUAUUAAUUUUGAGGUUAAUUCUCGAAAAAAGUUGUUUUCGUUAUUUUUUAAAAAACACAUGUACCUUAAAUUCAUAAUAUAAUAUCAUACGAUAUUAUUAAUUAACAUAUUUCGAGCGUACCUGAUUUUUCAUACCAGAAAGGGCUAUUUCCAACUAUCUUGGAGCCAUCGUCUUACAGACUUUAUGACGAUUAUGUUGGAAUUAUUCUGGAAUUUAUAGUAACGAGAAAUGAGUACAGCAGCAGCUAAAUAUUUCUCAAAAUUGAAGUCGACGUCCGAUUCUGAGGUGUACAAGACUUUAUUAGAAAUUCGGAAGAAUGUGUCCAACACGAAAGAAGGUGUCGAGCUUCUUCUAGACAAUAAAGUUAUUCAGAUUUUAGUUCAUUAUUUGCGGAAACCAAACGAGAACAUCGUAGACGUAUGUUUAAGUAUUUUGGGGAAUGCGUGCUUACAGAGGCCUGCACGGAACCAGGCAUUAGAUGCAGGAGUGUCAGAAGCUCUUGUUCAGUUACUGCGCCAAGAGGAACAGAGGGACAGUAUUCGAGGAAGAGCUUGCCGUCUUGUGGGAAACCUUGCACAGGACCGCACGUUGGCAGACAGACUGCACCGUGCUGGUAUUUCAUCUGUUCUAGCUCCUAUGAGCGGUUCAGACGGUACUAACUCUUUAGCUACCAUUCAGAUGCUAGUGAGAGCCAUCAGAUUGCUGUGGAGUGUUUCUCAGUAUAGAACAGAGAUGUUGGAACUCAAUUUGGUCCAGAAUGUAGCAGUUCAUUUAAAGACAUCACAGGAAAGUGCUGUGGGAAAAGAACUUGUGAAAGCGGUGCUCAAGGCACUCACUGUAAUAACAAACCAUUGUACUGAUGUUUGUGCUGAACAGGUACAUGCAGGAUCCUCCAAAUUCACAUCUCUAUUACCACUGGCAGCAGAUCCGACUCUACGAGAAUCAGUUCUUAGUACGGUUUUGAACUUGUGUCACAUAGAAAGUCAUCGGCCUGAAUUGGGAAAUGCUGGAACUGUUGAAAUACUCUUAGAUGCCCUAAUGGAUCCCAGUAUAUCAUACACAGAUCUGCUUUACCAGACUGCCUUUAAUGCCUUGUGCCUUCUGACUCGUGAAUCUGUAAACCGUGCUAAGAUUCGACAUGCUGGAGGACUUGCUGUUCUUUUAAGUGCCUUGCAUCGUGGGACAGAACCAAUAGCAAAUGCUCAGAGGACACAUGCACUCCAUGCACUAGUACAAUUUGCAUAUGAUGAUCUGGGCAUGACAGAGUUGCUGCAGGCUGGACUUUUUGGAGCACUGUCAACACACCUAGCAGCAUCUGUAGAACGUUGUGGUCCUAAUCAUGGACACAAAAUUCACGAAAAAAACAGGGAUAGAUCAUCCAGCCAUCAGAGCAACAGAAAGAGAGUUCGUGUUAGCAGCCCAAGCUAUGUUGCUGUCAAGAAAGAGCGAGAGCUUAGCAGGUCGUGGUCAUCAGAUUGUAUGGAUGGCAAUGAUAUUCAGAUGAUAGGAGACUGGAGCCCAACUAGUUCUCAUAGCUUUUGUUUCUCACCGGAUGGACCAUCUUCACCAUCUCCAAGUUCAGCUUCGUCUUCUCCACCACCAACACCAACAGAAUAUGACUGGCCUGAUUUAUACUCUCCUGUAACAGCUGAAUAUAAUGAAAGCAAUGAUGAAGAGGAGAUGGGACUUCAGGAAUCAUGGAAAGACAUGAUUGAAGACAGUGAAGCUGAUAGUGAUACUGACAUGGGACCUCCAGAGGUACCCCUCCCAUGCAGUGGUAAUGAUUUGGGCUAUAUUCUUGUGUUGCUUUCAAGAGUUUCACAUAUGGACUCACUGUCUGAAGGACAGGCAUUAGCACCUACUCUUGAAACACUGAUAGAUUACAUUGUGCAGAUGGAGACAGCACAGCAUUGUGCUUCCAAGAUUCUUGCUCGUAUAAUAAGAAACAGGAAAUGCUUCUUGCCACUAGUCCAGCAAGGAUUUGUGCUUUCUGUUCACUGCCGAUGCAUGCUGCCCCGACAUAAAGACUGUGAGAAAUGUUCAGGAGUUGAAGCAUUUGGUGCCACAAUAUUGCAACAAAUAUCUGUACAGGCUGAAUCAUCAUUUGGGACUGGUGAAAUGGAACAUGUUCUACAUCGUGGAGAAAAGGAAGUUCGUGCAGUUCUUGCACUGAGCAUACCUCACAUUAUCAAGAAUACAUCAAAACUGCGUAAGUUGUUACUUGGAUGCCAUGCACUGGAUAUUAUUCUAUCAAUCUUGGACAGUCAAGAUAUGGAAAAAUGUUUGAAAUAUGCUCCCCACAGCCUUCAUGCUCUCUGCCUUUCACUCAGUAUCAGCAAUCCAGCUGAAAAGAGACAUUUCAAGGAAGCAUUAACAGAAUUUAGUCGCUCAGUUAAUGAUUCUUCGGAGACAACAGGCGACAAAUUUGUGACUAUCCUAUUAGACUGUGGAACAAGGAUAACUGCAGACCGAGAUAUAUUGUGUAGGAGCUCUCCAUUUUUCUCUGCAAUGAUGUCAGAAACAAGCAGUUGGAGUGAAACAGGAAAAAAGGAGAUAACAUUGCAUGAUGUAGCUGCCACACCAUUGAGGCUUCUACUCUCAAUAGCUGUCCAUGGCCAUCCAACAGAAAGCCUCUACAAGAAAGCUGGUCUUACAGAUGUUCUUAAUACCAUUGCUUUGCUUGACAGAUUUCUUUUCGAUGGUGCAGACAAGCUGUGUACAAUGGUACUGCAGAGAUUCUUGUCGCCCAGCUCUGUUGCAUCGGUGUAUUUGCAAGCUGCACAAUGCGGACAACCAGAAUUGAUGACGUGCAUUCGACUAGGUGCACUGAGAUAUUUACUGAUAGCUAAAAUGCUUCCUACAGAACGACAGCAUUCUUUCAGAUUGUUGCUGCAGUCACAGAAACGAGAUAUUUUUUUGUCUGAUAUUUCAAGGCUUCUUAGAAGUGAACUAACAUGUUAAAACUGUUAUGUAGCUAAUGUUUUUGAGCGUCUUUUACAUAAAAGGUUCUCUCUAGUCUGUCAUAUUGACAGGAAUGUAAAAUACUAAAAUAGCUUAUCUCUUUUUUUUAUUGUUUUAAGUUUGGUGCUAUGUGAUAAUUUACUGUACCUGAUAUUUGUAACUGAUGUUCCCUGAUACACCUUGUGAAGCCAACCGUUUGUGAGAUUAUGGGGAUCUAUAUGAGACAGGGAGUCUGCUCUUAGGAUGACAUUGUACCUUUUUGAGAAAGUAGUGCACUGUUGCACACAGCUGGCUAAUACAGAAGUUAUUUUAGUAGGAACAUGCUGAGAAGGUUGCAAAUGGAUCCUCAUGUGAUAGACAAAAUAGUGAUGUUUAUAAUAUGGGUAGAGGGAAUCUACUUCCAAAUGACUGUUGGAAAAAUGUAGAAAAACAUAAUUUGCAACCUUUUAGACCAAGGGGCUUAUUCUGCUAGAAGAGUGGAAAAGUUUUGAGGAAGGGAGAAUGGCAAGGCUUUGUUCAGUAUUUUAUGUCAGAAAGCCACUGUCUCUUUUAAUAAAUGAGCAAUCGUUUUUUUAUUAGAUUAAUGUAAUAUUUACAGUUGCUACAGUAAUACAUAAACACAUACACUCUGUCUUUUUGUAGAUGAAGAUUACUUUUCCCCUGAUUGUUUUCUUUGUGUUGCAUUCUUUCAAUUCUGUACAUUAACCUUCAUUAUGAUACAAAGUUAGAGAAAAAUAUAAAAAGCAUUAGGCCAUUUACUUUUUGUAAUAAUGUGCUAAAGAUAAUAAAAUAGUUGAAAGGUUUCCUUUUUAACACUCUAAAAGAAAAUGUUAAAAAUGUAGUCACACAACACUGCUAUUUUAUCCAGUGCUUUGAUGCACCCUUAUCAGAAAUGUAUCUUUCAUGUUUGCUACUGGAAAGCAAUGAAUCAUCUGUAGCAGAAUGAUGGUUUAUAUAAAGUGAAUAUCAUUCUUUGAAAAUUGAUAAUUUUACAAUUCCUCAUGAUUACUUGACAGGUUUUUUAACCAUAUGUUUAUACUUACAGCAAUAUCCCACUCAAACUAUACUGCAUAAUUCUAAAGACAUAUUUUGUAAAUGCAUAUGAAGUAUCAAAGUCAGAAGUGUAACUUAUGUUUAGUGGACCUAACAUGAAUGUUGGAAACACUGUAUGUAAUGGAACUUCACAACAGAUUAAAAGUUUUUGACUAAACAGUACUUGAAUGCAGACCCAUACUUACUUAUUGGAGAGUGAAUGUGUAAUGUUUGAAACAAUUAUGUAGGCUGUGGCUUCAUUGUACUUCUCUACAUCCUGUCUCCCACAAACUCUAUGUCAGUAAGCUUUGCGAAAGAACCUCUGCACAGUUUGGUAGGAAAGGAGUGCUACCAUAUUGAGGCUUUAGGUAAUGCCAUGGGGCAUGUUAAGGGAACUCGAUUGGUAGAACAUUCCCAGUGAAAGGAAAAGUUUAGUGUUCAAGUCCUGACUUGAUUGCAGUUCUAAUCUGCGAGGAAGAUAAAGAACAACAUUGGAAAUAUAGGGUGGAAUAUGAGCAAUGUAAUGAGUGUAGAAAACUCGUCAACAUGUCAUGUCAGCAGUUUCCCUGUGUUCUAUCUUCCCUCAAGAUUUCUCAAGCUAUCUGUUCCUGUGUACCGCAUAUCAUUACCAGAAUGUAUUGAGACAAGCUUUCUCCGGUGAAAUAUUCCUUCUCCUUCUCCUACACAUUGCCCUCCAUUUCCUCUUGACUCAUGUUCGCUUCUCCCACACCACUAAAGGCAAUACUUUACACCUGUUAGGCAGCAAGAUUGGGGCAAUGUAGUUAGUUUUUUCCAUACAUAUAUGCAUGUAGUCUGAGAAUGAAUAGAAAUUUCUCAGCUGAGCUAAUACAUACAAGAUUUUGUUUAUAGGUAUAUCCACCACUCUGUGUAAGCCUCCGUAACAGAGUGAGCAGCUAUCUGUACUUAUUUCUUUAGUUACAGGUACACAUAUGACUGCAGAGUGAAACAUUCAUUCAGAACUGUCUCUGGUAUCGAGGAUAAGGUAACCAAUAGUAAUGGUCAAAUAUAACAUUUUCACAUUUUCAUUUAA